AUGGCAGAUGAAGAGGAGGACCCGACUUUUGAGGAAGAAAAUGAAGAAAUUGGAGGAGGUGCAGAAGGUGGACAGGGGAAAAGAAAGAGACUUUUUUCUAAAGAAUUACGUUGUAUGAUGUAUGGGUUUGGGGAUGACCAAAAUCCUUACACUGAGUCAGUGGAUAUUCUUGAAGACCUUGUCAUAGAGUUCAUAACUGAAAUGACGCACAAGGCAAUGUCAAUUGGAAGACAAGGUCGAGUACAAGUUGAAGAUAUCGUGUUUUUGAUUCGAAAGGAUCCACGGAAGUUUGCAAGGGUUAAAGACUUGCUUACUAUGAAUGAAGAGUUGAAACGAGCUAGGAAAGCAUUUGACGAAGCAAACUAUGGAUCUUGACACUUUUUGUACUUUCUGACAUUUCAUUAUCUUUUGGAGAAACUGUUCGUAUUGGCUGUUUUCUACAGUAAAGGUCCUGAUACCUAGCUAUGUAAAUGAAAGUUGCAAAAACACAAAGUUUACAGUUUUAUUUUUAUGUCUUGGGUUUUAGAGUGAUAUUUGAACCUUGAACCUGUCUUUAAGUGACCAUGCUUAAUUUCUUAUUGGAUUUUAAUGACCACACAUUAGUUAAAAUACCUUGCAAGCCGUGCAGUUCCUGUUAACUUUGAGUAUCCAAAGGAUAAAGUCGUGUUUAUAUGUUGGGUAUAUUUGGGCCACUGUAAGCUAUACUGUAGGUGUUUAACAUGUGAAAUCUAAAUGACGUCUUUGGCGGCGAUAGUUGACAUAUGUGCUUCACGUAUUCUGAAGUUUUUAGACAAUAGUAGUCUGAGAGGCCAAUAAAGAUAAUAAAUUGGUUUGUGUUUCCUUUAAAGAGAUGAUAUAUGAAAAUACAGUUUUUUGUAAGAGUGUUUGUCUUAAAAGAUAAUAUUCCAUUUUUCAGAUCAUGGAAGUUAUUUUAUUUUAUUUGGAUAAACUAGAAGUGCUUCAGUGUUGGAAAGCUUUUUUGAUUUAAAACCUUUUGGGGAUUAUAACAUAUUACUUGUUAAAAUUUAGGAGAACUCACUCAUUUUCCCAUAUCAGAUUAAAGCUUCUAAAAAAGAAAUGCUUUCAGUAGCAAGAAUGACAUUGCUUAAAAGGCAGGAUUAACAUUCUGGGAGUGUCUUAUUAACAUAUUUGUACUUGUUCAUCGUGAAAAGCGUACUUGACUAAAAAUGUAUGUGGCUAUGAAACUACUUUUGUAGUUCAGGAUAUACAAGUUUUGUGUGUGUUUAGCUUAUUGUAUUAAAUUAUUGCACUUAACCUAAAAUAAGGAUUAAAAUUGCAUUUAAAGAGAUCACCGUUACUCAUUGUGGAACUGAACUUUUUGUGUGCCAUUUGCAAACAUUAUGAAUCAGUGUUUGGGAAACUUUUGCUUUCUCAGCCUGUUAAUAAAACGAAUAAAGUAUGAAGAAAUUAGACAGA